GCAGGCCCCCCCCCACACACACACAUACACACACACACUCUGUCUGUCUCUGCAGCGAAGCGGUAUGGCGCUUCUUGUGGGGUCUAGAGUCGUUUUUCAGACGCUUCGACCCCAAACGUCGACGACUCUUGACUACUUUUGCAGAUUUCAAGGUGUUAUGCAUCGCGCUGCAGCCGGAAGUGGUGGACUAGCGUGCGGAGCAGCGAAUGGCGGCUUGCGGCAGUUUAGCUCCGACGCUAAUGACCUGAGCGUUAAGUAUUUGGACGGAGAUGACUCAGGGAUCGUCAUCUUUGGCCUUAAUCGACCUAAAGCUAAAAAUGCUAUCAGUAAAAAUCUUGUUAAGGAGAUGUCUGAUGCUGUUGAGUCAGUGAAAAAGAACAAUAGGGUUCGCUCAGUCAUCUUGUACAGCAUGGUGCCUGAAGUCUUCUGUGCAGGUGCUGACUUGAAAGAAAGAGCCAAAAUGCAUCAGAGUGAAGUUGGGCCUUUUGUCUCUAAAGCAAGAGCACUUAUUACAGAAUUAGGUAAUCUACCCAUGCCGACUAUUGCAGCUAUUGAUGGAGCAGCAUUGGGAGGAGGACUUGAGAUGGCUCUGGCCUGUGAUAUAAGAAUAGCAGCUACAUCUGCUAAAAUGGGACUGGUUGAAACAAAACUAGCCAUUAUUCCGGGGGCAGGGGGAACCCAGCGUCUCCCACGAACUAUAGGAGUGUCCCUGGCCAAGGAGCUGAUCUUUGCUGCACGGGUGGUUGAUGGUGCUGAGGCGAAAACUCUAGGGCUGGUAAAUCAUGCUGUGGAGCAAAACAAGAACGGGGAUGCAGCUUACCUGAGAGCUCUGGAGCUUGCCCGAGAGUUCAACCCACAGGGGCCGAUUGCAGUCCGAAUGGCCAAGCUGGCCAUCAGCCAGGGUGUAGAGGUGGAUUUAACAACAGGAUUAGCGAUUGAAGAUGCAUGCUAUGCUCAGGUUAUCCCAACAAAGGACAGGCUCGAGGGUCUGGCAGCGUUCAAAGAGAAGAGACCCCCUCGCUAUAAGGGCGAGUAAUAUGGGAAAAGUCCUGAGCAAAGCCGAACUGCUGCCUUCCGGAUUUCCUUUCACUGCGACUGACAGAAGUCGUAGAGGAAGCACUAGCCUGCUGCCCCGUGCCUGCCUGACCAGCCCUUGGCCCUCUCACAAAAAGACCAGUGAUCUCACUCACAAGGACUUGAGGUGACUGAAGGAGAAAAGGAGUGUCUUUUCCACAACAUGUCCCUCACCUGUGAAUGAAACUUGCAUGGUGUGUCUUUCUGUUCUUCUUUUGUUCAAUACGGUUCAUUCUUUUCACCUUCCUUAGUUUUGUUUUGUGAAUCUGUAUCCUUGUCUUUCAAAGUGUCUUUCAAUGUUCAAUCAAGUGUUUCAUAAUUCAAGCUCAACAAAACAGAUAUAUAGUUACGUCAUCGCUGCUUAAAUGCCAAUGGAUAUCUAAUGCAACAGAUGCAGUGCAUUAAACAAGCCUGUCUGCUUUUCCUUAAAGCAUAUGUUGUGUAUUAUAAGCAUAUGUUGUAUAACUGACACUGUCACUAUUCCAUAGUAAUUGACUUGAAGUGUUUUGUUUUGUUUUUGUAGGGAGAAAAAAAUGCAAUAAAACAUUGUCUAAAAGUA